GUCAACGUUGAACCUAGCAAGUCAGCCAUUAUGUUUCAUAAUAAGCAGAGGUUACUAAAUACCUUUGAAAAGCUAUUGGACGAUGUCUAUGGAUCCGCCAUGGAUCGUUUUUUCCAUGCCCGCACUUUGGAUCAACCACCCACGUACGUUGGCCGAUUAACCAAAAGUUGCCUUGGGUAAUGUGAAGGAACUGACUGGGACAAUAGAAUGACUGCGGGAGUAGCGGAAGAAGAGUACGAAGAAACUUUAUUCCUACCAACGGCGCCUGCCACUGACAAGGUACCUGAUCGUAGCAUUCGUUCAGCUUCCGUUGGAUCUACAUCUUCAACCAAAGAUCGCUUGCCGUCCUCCUACUCCGCCGUCACUCCGGUGCGUGAACUUCCUCCCCCCAGCCUGCCAACAGGAUAUUCUUCCCCAAAAGAUCCCAGCGAAGAUAAUGACGAAGAAAACAUUGCGCUUGAUUUCUUUCGAAACAUUCAAUCGGGCGGUUCCCCCAACGAUUCUUUUAUCUCCCCACUUAUGGAAGAUGACAUUGUUCAUGGGAGUUCAACAGAAGACAGACUUUUUGAGCAAGUGGACACCUCGCAAGUCGCUGCCGAUACAUCAAAAGGUGUCGAGGAGAAUGAAAUCUCUCCACCGUCAACAUCAGCUCAACAGCGUUUGUUUCACCUCCCAUCACCUGCAUCUUCCAAGCCGAGAGCGACGGAACUACCAACUGGGGGUCGAUCCCCGAAGCGUCAUCGUAGUGUGGAUCAUGCACCUGACUCGGUCGGAGAGAAGCGACAGCGAACGUUAUCUGGAAUGUUCAAUAUGGAUAGAAGAGUUCAGUCAGAGGCUAUCGCCUCCGGUUCAACUCGAACGAUCCGUCCUCACGCGGAUGGUGACGCAAUAACAGCCGAUGCUUCCGAAACGAUUCCUCUGAUGGAUCGAAAUGACACGUCAAGCCCACGUCUCAGCAUACGCGGUCCUAGGAGGCGGAACAUUGCUUCUCUUAUGUCAGAUUCAGAAACCAAUCGAUCUUAUCUUUUCAAAACGCUGGAUCAAGAAAUAUCGGCAACGUGGGAUUUUGAAAAGAUACAAAGGGCUUUCAAAUUGGCUGCAGAUAUACCAAGCGAACCAUGUCGCGUUUCGCUGGACGAAUAUACUCAAUCAAACAUGGAUCCGCACAGUGCAAGCAGCGCAGCGAUUCUUAAAAACCCAGACAAUCCAAAAUACUCGUUUUACAUAACAAAGCGUCAAUCCUCUGGUCGUGGAAGUCUUGCGCAUGAAAUUAAUGUGAUCGAUCUGACCGCGUAAGGUUCAAGGAGUAAACGACGUAUUGACCAAGUAAGACUAACGUUCAGAACUUGGUUGUUCUUUGUAGGAUCCGAGCCUCAUCGAUAUAUCAUGAGAUGAUUUCUUCCUACGAAUUACCCUCGCAACCGCUAGAUCGACCU